UGGGUAAGAGUUUUCGCAGAUAUUCCUGUUAUCAGGAGUUUUUUCAUACCUUAGUUGAGUCUUAACGUCCCUUCAACAUUUCUAUUCAUCUUUUCUUGUUUUCGCCACCGUAAUGGACUGAUUUUCCUAUAUAUUGUCCUAUUUUUCUUUCAUGUUUUGAUUACACUUUUUUUUGAGUCAAGGGUCUACAAAAAAACAACAUUUCUACCUCACAAAGGUAAAGAUAAGGUCCACGCACAUCCUACCCUCCCUAAACCCCACUUAUGAAAUUAUAUUGAACACAACAAUGAACUGAUUAUCCUAAUUGACCGUGAUUCGACAUUAGAAGUAUAUUGACUUUCUUGUCCUAGGUGUUUUGGAGCACAAGAUGGCACAAAACCAAACAAUAUUUGUGAAUCAAAAGCUAGUGUUUUUGGGGAAUACUAAAGAGAAAUAUGAUUUGGUGGACUUGUUGAGAUCAGAAGCAAUGUUAUUGGGAAAGGGAACAUUUGGAAGUAGCUACAAGGCAGAAUUGGAAAAUGGGAAAAUUGUAUUUGUUAAGAGGUUAAAAGAUUGUUGUUUGGUUCAAAGAGGAAUUCAAGAAAAAGAUUCAAGAAUUGGCAAAAUUGAGUAAUCAUCAUGAGAGUUUUGCUUCCUCUAAGAGCUUAUUAUUAUUCAAAAGAUGAGAAGCUUCUUGUAUUUGAUCAUAUGCCUAUGAGUAGCUUGGCUUCCCUUUUGCAUAUAAAUGGAGAGGCAAAGAAAUUCCAACUCACAUGGGAAGUAAGGACUCGAAUCGCUUAUGGAGUCGCUCGUGGCCUCGAAUUUCUCCAUGCUCAAGGCCCUAGCAUUUGUCAUGGUAACAUAAGGUCAUCCAAUGUUCUACUCACCAAUUCUUUUGAUGCUCGUCUCUCAGAUCAUGGAUUAUUUAGACUUUUCAUGUCAAAUCCUACAUUAUCCCUCAACUGGGGCUAUCAGGCACCAGAAGUGGGAUAUGCCUACGACAUUUCUAAAAAAUCAGAUGUUUACAGCUUUGGUGUCCUGUUGUUGGAAAUAUUGACUGGUAAUGCCUCGUUAGACGCCAUUGGCAAGAACAAAGGGAUUGAUUUGCCUAGUUGGGUUCGAAUAAUGUUUCAAGAAAAACCUAUUAUUGAUGUUUUUGACAAGAAUAUGGUGCAACAUUACCAAGAAUUUGGAGAUCAAAUGGUUCAAUUGUUAGAACUAGCAAUUUGUUGUACUUUCAAGAAUCCUACUAAAAGGCCCUCAAUAAUUGCAGUGGCUAAUCAAAUAAAAAGGACAUGUAGUUUUAAAUCAUGAUGAUGUUGUACUUUCUAAAAUAA